AUGAAAUGGGGAUUGAAACCUAAGUUUGUUGAAAAGCGCAUCAUUCAAAGAAAGAAGCAAUUUGAUGAAGAUGUUACGGACGAGGUGACACACUCUGCUGAAGAAUCAAUGAAAGUGAAUUACUUCUUAGUAAUUGCGGAUAAAGCCCUUUCUUCCUUCAAAGAUAGGUUCCAACAAUUUGAAGCGUAUGAGAAAAAUUUUGGUUUCUUGUUUGAUUUGGAAAAGGUGAGUUCGAGUGAUGAAUGCUUGAAAAAUCAUUGUACCAACCUUGAAGAAGUUUUAAAGCAUGGCAGGAUUUUCGAUAUUGAUGGGAAAGAUUUGUUUGUGGAGUUGAAAUGCUUGAAACAAGUAUUGCCAAGAGGAGUGCAGAAACCAAUUGAAGUGCUCAAUUUUAUCAAACUUAUGGCGGACUCUUUCCUAAAUUCAUGGAAUGCGUAUAGAGUGCUUUUGACUAUACUGAUUAGUGUUGCCUCGGGAGAAAGAACCUUUUCAAAGUUGAAGUCGAUAAAAAAUUACCUUCGAUCAACCAUGUCACAAGAAAGACUAAAUGGGUUAGCUAUGUUAUCAAUUGAAAAUGACUUGGUGAAAGAGGUGGAUUAUACAAAUAUAAUUGAUAGUUUUGCUUCUAGAAAUGCAAAACGAGUAAUAUUCAAGUGA